AGAAAAAGGAGUGCAGGCGGGAGCAUCGCUCGCAGUGCAGCCAGGAGCCCCCCCGUGACAUGGUGCACCCCAACGUGAUCUGCGACGGCUGCGAAGGGCCGGUGGUGGGUGCCAGGUUCAAGUGCACUGUCUGCCCAGACUAUGACCUGUGCAGCACCUGCGAGGGUAAAGGUAUCCACAAAGAGCACCACAUGGUGAUGUUCCAAAGCCCGCUGCUCAACCCGUUCGAGUGGCUGCCCCGAGGACGCUGGCUCCGUAAAAUGCGACAUGGUGUGCCACCCUUCCCGUGGAUGCACUGCUGGGGAUAUCCUGGUCCUGCAGCUCCAUGCCAGAACUCCGAACAAGCUCAGGCCGGUGCUGCAGCCGCCAGCGCACCCGCUGCCGAAGAAGCUUCUACUAACAGCCAGCCUCAGGACCCCAACGUCACCUUCUUAAAGAAUGUUGGGGAGAGUGUUGCAGCUUUUCUGAGUCCCCUGGGUAUUGAAGUUGAUAUCGAUGUGGAACAUGGAGGACAGAGAAGCAAAGUGACUCCUGCUUGUCCCAGUCAAGAGAACAGCGCUGAGUCAAGCAGCAGUACCCUGAACCACAACAGUCAGAGCAAACCGGACUGGAAUAACACAGAUGGUGCCAGAGAAGUCAAUGCUGUGGCAGAGCAGAUACAAGACAUGGUGAUAGAUCCUGUGGCCACGCAAAUGGAAGAUGGCAGCUUCCAGUCCCAGGAACACAGUGAAUCCAGCAGUUCAUCAGGGGUUGAUGAGGACUGGACCCACUUAUCUUCCAAAGAAGUGGAUCCUUCCACAGGUGAACUGCAGUCUCUGCAAAUGCCAGAGACUGAGGGUCCCAGCUCCCUGGAUGUAUCGCAGGAUCCUCCCCACCCAGGACCUACAGGAUUGCGAGAAGCUGCACUCUACCCACAUCUCCCACCAGAAGCAGACCCUCGCCUCAUCGAGUCUCUGUCCCAGAUGCUCUCGAUGGGCUUCUCUGAUGAAGGUGGAUGGCUCACUCGGCUCCUGCAGACAAAGAACUGCGACAUCGGGGCAGCACUAGAUGCCAUCCAGUAUUCCAAGCAGCCGCCUCACUUGUAGUAGUCUGCGUAACAAAAAGCACUUUUCCUUCUAACUGAAAGCAAACAAGGCAGUACAACUUCCUCAGAGGUUCGUCUUUCUUCCUGCUAAGGUUUCUGUCUCAUGUUCCGAAGUGCUUGUAGAAUGAAGGAAAAAUAAAUAACUAUGU